CUGAAUGUGAUGGGAGUUCCGCCGAUCAUUUUAGGCUGAAUGACCUCACUCUGAGCUCCGUUGUCAAGAAAUCCCCACAUAUCAGAAGCCAAAGAUCCGUUAAUAAACAUCAUGGCAUCGCGAGAGAAAUUUCCUCGAGCUCAUGUCAACACAUACCUCGACAAUGGUUGAAUCACUCUAUCUGGGCUUUGACCUGAGCACCCAACAACUGAAAGGUACCUAAGGUCCCGCAAUCCGUCCAGACGAAGUCCUCCCGCGCUGACGACAAACCCCUUCACAGGCCUCGUCGUCCGCUCCGACCUCCAACUCGUCCACGAGGCAAAAGUCGACUUCGACGCUGACCUCGCCAAAUAUGGCAUCGAAAAAGGCGUCCUCGCCAACCCCUCUAAAGGCGAGAUCUUCGCUCCCGUCGCCAUGUGGCUUGACGCCAUCGAGCUGGUCCUGCAGCGCCUGAAAGACGCGGGCCUGGAUUUCUCGAAAGUGAAGGGUAUUUCCGGGGCAGGCAUGCAACAUGGCACGGUGUUCUGGAGCCACGAUGCGGAGGAGCUGCUGAAAGGGUUGGAUCCGGCGAAGACGUUGCUGGAGCAGUUGGAGAGUGGAGGGGAGGGGGAGAGUCGCGGAGCGUUUAGUCACCCGUUUAGUCCGAAUUGGCAGGAUGCGAGCACGCAGAAACAGUGUGAGGCGUUUGACAGCUAUCUAGGGGGCCCGGAGAAGCUCGCUGCAAUUACUGGAAGCAAGGCUCAUCAUCGUUUCAGCGGUCCACAGAUCCUUCGAUUCCGAGAGAAGUAUCCAGAGGCAUACAAAGCCACCGCACGAAUCUCCCUAGUAUCCUCGUUCCUCGCGUCGAUAUUCCUUGGAAAGGUCGCCCCCAUCGACAUCGGCGACGUCACCGGCAUGAACCUCUGGGACAUCCAAAAAGCUCAAUGGCACGACCAACUUCUCCAGCUCACCGCCGGCGGCACCAGCGUCGCGGACCUCCGCCAACGCCUCGGCCAUGUCCCGAAAUCCGGCGGCCGGUCCUUCGGCCCCGUCGCGAGCUACUUCCGCUCGCGCUUCGGCUUCCCUGCGCACUGCAGCGUCAUCCCGUUCACGGGCGACAACCCAUCGACGAUCCUCGCUCUCCCGCUGCAGCCGUCGGACGCGAUGGUAUCGCUCGGCACGUCGACGACGUUCCUCAUGUCGACGCCGAACUACCGGCCGGAUCCGGCGUAUCAUUUCAUGAACCAUCCAGCGGCGGCGGGGUUGUAUAUGUUCAUGCUGUGUUAUAAGAACGGCGGGCUAGCGCGGGAGCAGAUCCGUGAUGCGGUCAAUGGAGACGAGUCGGGGUCAUGGGAUCGGUUCAACGACACCGCGACAGCGACGCCUCCGCUAGGCCAAAGCAGUGCCUCCGACCCCAUGAAACUCGGCCUCUUCUUCCCACGUCCCGAGAUCGUGCCAAACGUAAAAGCCGGCACCUGGCGCUAUCUAUACUACCCGAAACCCCAAACCCUCCACCCCGCCAGCCCCUCCUCCGGCUCCUCAGCGUGGCCCGAGCCCACCGCCGACGUGCGCGCCAUCAUCGAGUCGCAGUUCUUAUCGCUCAGGCUACGGUCCCAAUCCCUCGUCACCCCGCAAAAGUCCUCACAGGGACAGGCACUUCCCCCACAACCGCGUCGUGUAUACUUAGUUGGCGGCGGCUCUCAGAACCCCGCGAUCGCGCGCAUCGCUGGCGAAGUGCUAGGUGGUUCGGAAGGGGUGUUCAAGUUGGAUAUCGGCGGCAAUGCGUGCGCGCUUGGGGCGGCGUAUAAAGCCACGUGGGGCGUGGAAGGAGGGAAGGAGACGUUUGAGGAGUAUGUGGAGAAGCGAUGGCAUGAGGAUGGGUUUGUGAAGCGCGUGGCGGAUGGGUAUAAAGAAGGGGUGUGGGAACGGUAUGGCGAGGCGUUGGAGGGGUUUGAUAUGAUGGAAAAGGAAGUGUUGAAGAUCGCUGCGGAGGGGUUGUGAUUAGGGGCUUUGAUAGGAAUCUACCAACCACUCGUCGAAGUGAUAGAUAUGUGGAUGCGAUAAGCGGGAAAACGCUCACGACUGUUCAAGUAGAGUUGUGUACUUCGCAUUAAAUUACCAACAUUAUAGAGGCGUGCCGC